AAACAACUGUGAACGUGAACGGUAACGUUUUUGUAACACUGUGCGUGCGUUUUCUGCUUCGUUUAUUACACUAUUUCGUUUUUGUUGUUGCCAGUGUAAAUUGUGACGUUAAAUUUAUUUAUUAUUUUUUGUGUGUGCGAAUCUUUCUUUGUGAACGGAUUUAUCUAUGCAUAUAUGCAUGCCAUAGGUAUAUGUGUGUGUGUAUGUGCAUGUGCGUGUGUGCUGCCAUGUGAGGCACUCUCAAUACAACAGCAGCAACAACAAACAGUUGUCAUUAUGCCAACAACAACCAUGUCAACAACAACAACAACAACAGGAGCAACAACAACUGCGACUACGAAAAAAUGAAAGGCAGCAAGCGACAAGAAAACUUUAAGCAACUAAAUAAAAUUUAGAUAAAAUACAAAAUCAAAAGCCAAACUGCCCAAGUCCACAGCAACAACAACAACUACAACUACAACAGCAACACAACGAUAAUAAAUAUGUAGAGCGUGGUUCUGAGAGUAACAACACCAACAACAACAACAACAACAAAACAAAAACGAACAAGCAACAACUAACAAAAGCGCUAAAGAGCGAUAAAAAAACGAAUUCGCGUUUAAUAUUUAUUUGUUUGCUAAUUUAUUUUACAAUAAUUUGGUAUUAACCCAAAAUACAAAAACAACGCGCCAAACCAGCGAACGGGAGAUAAAAACCCAAAAACCCAAAAACAACAACAGCCGCAAUCAGUGUUGACAACAACAACAACAACGCAUGCGCAACGUUUGCUGUCUUCACUCUCUUCAUUGUCGUCUUCUUCUUGCGCCCGGGAUAAAAGCAGUAAAAUAAAUCCCGCAACUGAAGACAGCUUGCAUGAGGGACAGAGAAAGAGAGAGAGAGAGAGAGGGAGAGAAAGCAAGAGCGUGAGCGAGGCAUAUUCACAUAUUCCUGUACAAGGAUUGUCGACCACACUUCACACCACACAAAAAACUGUUGGCGUUGCAUUUCGUAUUCCAGUUGUCAUUUGACAUUUAUGUCGCCUGCUUUGGGAUUGCAGAGAUAAACAGGACUAGGAUUGUGGGAUUGGUAACACUGCCGCACUGGAGCUGGAGGAUUGCCGCGAUGGCAUCAUCUUCGAGAGGCAUUCAGCAGUCUAGCGGCUGUGGCUGGCUGCUGCUGGUGCACGGACUGCUGGCGCUGACCGCGCUCCACAUGCACAGCCUGAAGGGGGCAGCAGUUGAGGCGCUGCCGAUCACCUCGCGGCCCAUUGAGGGCAAUGCGCAGAAGGAUGCGUGGGAGGCGUGGUUGCGUCUCCCAUACGAGCAGAAGUCGCUCGAGAAACAGAAGAAGAUAAUGCCCAAAUCGAUAUUCGCAUUGCCCUUCCGCCACUGCCCGCCGGGCCACAAGCUGUACAACGAGCGCUGCAUACCGCAGAUCAACAUUGAUCCCACCGAUCUGGUGGCCCAGGAGCUGCAGGGUGCACUCGGCGAGGGCGGUGAGGUCAACAACGGCAACCCCACGGACUACGACUACAGCGACAUCGACAGCGAGAGCGAUGAGCAGUUCUACGCGAUGUCCAUGGGGCCGUUCGCUCAGAACGAUCAGCUGUCCACGCAGCCCAGUGCCAGUGGUUCCGAGGAUCAGGCGCUGCCCAGCGAGGACGCCCCACUCAAGUUCAAUAUAUUUGAGAAGAAGUUUCCCACGGCGCCAGAGGCUGUGCUGCAGCCCGAUGUUGUCAAUGCAACAACAGCAACAACAGCAACAUCGACUGCAACGACCACGCCCACACCCACGCCCACAAUAGCAACAAUGCGCGAAGACGCCCUCAAGGCACAGCGGCAGCCGGAUAAUCGAAUUGCUGAAGGCGCUGAAGAUCUGCAGGCGGAUGCCAGCAAUGCUCUGCCCAGCACAACUACCCUCAGCAUCUCCAGCAGCAGCAGCAGCAGCAUUGGCGCCUUCAGCGAUAUUGGGAAUAUCGAUGCCAUUGUCGUGCCAGCGGGCGUGCCGCCGGGCGCAGAGCCCAGCGUUCAGCUGGUGACAAGUUCGAUGAGAGAUGAGCCCGAUCCAAACGUGGUUACAAAGCCGAAUGCGGAUGCGGGGGCGAAACUGCAUGAAGAAGCAGAGCGAGAGGCAGAGGCAGAGGCAGAGGCAGAGGGAGAGACGGACCUGGAACAACUGCUCAAGGUUGACGCCUUUCUGCCGGCCUAUGGCAGCAGCGUGGAUAUGAUGCCGCCGUUCAGUCAUCGUCGCGUUUCGCCGCUGCUUAGCGCCGAUCUGGAUCUGGGCGAUGAUACGGCCACGGAUAUUGUUCCAGCGGCGGCUGACAGCGAAGCUGAUGCAACAACAACAACAGCAGCAACUGCAUCGUUGGCAACGCCCACAACAACAACAUUGUCGUCAGCCCAGCCGCGAGUGCCAGGAGAAGAACAAGAGCUAGAUCGAGUCGUCUUGAAAAAAUCGAAAGUGCAACCGGUUCAGUUAAGCUCCAUAACUGCAACGACUGCAGCAACAACAACAACAACAGCAACAACAAUGACAUCAACAGCAACAUCAGCAGCAGCAGUGACAACAACAACAGCAGCAACUGUCGCUGCUGCUGCUGAAACCGAAGUUGCUGCUAUACAUCAAGAUUCCAAUGGCAAUACGAGAGAUGAUGACCGGUUUUAUUAUCAGCCUUUUGCCAGAGAUGUUGCUGCUAGUGCCAGUAGCAGCAGCAGCAGUAUUGCUGACGGCGAUUUGGAUGUGCUGAACGAUAUGGCAUCCAGUGACAAUUUAAUGACAAAUACAAUUGGUGGCCAGGGCGACAGUGAGAAGGCGGCAAGUGAAAUUAAUUUUGAACAAGAAUUGCGCAUUAUAAACGAGCUGGUUAAGGACAAGCGGCGAUUAUCGCAGCUGCGACAACAGCAAGAAGAGCAGCAGUCAACCAGCAGCAGCACAACAAUACCAACGACAGCGACAGCAGCAACAGCAACGAUCAUCGAAAGCAGCUCAGGCGCGUCUAGCACAGCAGCAGCAACAACAGCAACAUCAGCAGCAACAGCAACAGAAACCACAAAUUUUUGGUCAAGCCUCAUGCCAAUGCUGGGCUUGAGCUCAACGGAAGCAACAGCAUCAACAGAACAAUCAGCAGAGACAAUUACAACGACAGCAGUUACGCCAACAGCAACAACGGCGAUAACAGGCAAUGUUGCUGAAAGCUCAACAGCAACAGCAACAGUAGCAGCAGCAACAACAAAUGUUGUCAACACAAAAAGCACACAACAUUUAAGUAUUAAUACCAAUCGUAGCAAUAGAAAUAGUAAAAUAAUUAGAGUAGAUAGUUUAGACGUAAGCCCACAACCAAUAUCAACAGCAACAGCAGCAACCGCAGCAACUGCAGCAACCGCAGCAACUGCAGCAACAGCAGCAACAGCAGCAACCGCAGCAACAGCAGCAACAGCAGCAACAGCAGCAACCGCAGCAACAGCAGCAACAGCAGCAACAGCAGCAACAGCUGCAACAGCUGCAACAGCAGCAACAGCAGCAACAGCAGCAACAGCUGCAUCAGCUGCAACAGCAGCAACAGCAGCAACAGCUGCAUCAGCAGCGACAUCCCAGGCACCCGACGAUGCAAAUUAUACACCAUUUUGGUGGCUGCCCAACAUUGGCUGGCGUGUGGAUCGUCAGUUGGAUGAGAAGGGCGAGGAUCGAUCGCUGUUGCUGCGUUUCUUCAGGACAUUUCGUGCCAACGAUAGCGACAUAACAGCGGCAGCAACAUUGCCGUCGCGUCGCUAAUUUCUCUAGCAUUUCUCUGUGCACUCUCCCGUGGCCUGUGCGCUGCUCUUAGCUGCUCUCGCUCCAGCCGAGACACGCUGGAGUCCGCUGGUCGGCUGGGAUUGCUGCCGUGUCGUAUGGCGAUGCCGUUGGCAACAACGUUUCAAUUGUGUAUUGAAGUUCUGUUUGUUCUGUUGCAAUGGCGUCCAACUGUUUCCACCCCACACACACAACUACUUAGCUUUCAUUUUUGUCUAUAAUUUAUAUAUAUAUAUAUAUUCAUUUUAAUGAUUUUCAAAAUUAAAUAUCUUGGUGCUUUCUUUUUCUUUUGGUAUUUGUUUAACUAUUUGUACAUAUUACAUAACGUCAACAGUUUCGUUUAUGAUUUAAUAAUUUUUUUUUUGUUUUCAUGAAUUCUAAUAUAUAUGUAUUUUUUUUUGUUAUUUACUUUGCUGCUUCUUUUAAGUUGUUGAUUUAAUUUUAAUACACAUAAAUAUUAUUUUAUACAAUAGUUUUAUUAUUGUGCAUAUGUGGGGCCACGACAUGCGAAUUGCCGCUGUUGCUGUUGCAUAGCUUAGCAAUAUUUAAUUGUGAUUAUUUAAAGUUAAAACUAGUUUUUAGCGCGCGCACACACACAAAAUUUACAACUAUUAUUAUUGAUAUUAUUAUAUCUAUAUAUUUGUAACAUAAAUUCCUUUCGCAACUUAUCCAAUUUCUAUACACCUCUAUACGCCCACCCCUACCCGUACCUAUGUAAUAUUACAAUUAAUAUAAUUUCUUCUACAUUUAUUUUUUUAUGUGCAGCCCCGUUGCAAUUGUCUCUGUGUAUAUACCUUAUAUGGAAGGGAACUUAAUAUGCGCUGCUUUAUUUUAAACAUUGUAAAUUGCUGCUGCAUUUGAACUUGAAUUUGAAUAAUGUAAACAAGCUUAAAUGAGAGAAAUCACGUUGCUUUUUAAAUGCUUCUAAAUGAAACAUUUUCAAAGAUAUACGAGUAUAUUUAUAACUAAUAAUAAUGAUAAUAAUAUAUGUUUUUUUUUUAGCUUUUAAGCGUAAUAUUUAUGUUAUCGAAAAAGAAAAAAAACAAGUAACAACAAAACCAUAUUGUCAAGUAAAUGUAAUGCAUGUACAUA